UAUGAUAGCAACUAAGUUCACAAAGACAUGAACUUUAUACAUUAAAUUGAAAAUACAUCUCUCAGUAUCCAUGUUGUUUUCCUGUAGUGCACUGGAUCAAACCGGACAAUCGUAUCGGUUUCGUGGUUAUGUACUCACUUACCUUUUUCUUUGCUAACUUUGGUCCAAACGCAACCACCUUCAUCGUACCGGCUGAAAUCUUCCCAGCCAGGCUAAGGUCCACAUGCCACGGAAUAUCAGCCGCCACAGGCAAGGCCGGAGCCAUCGUGGGAGCUUUUGGUUUCCUAUACGCAGCUCAACCACAAGACAAGACCAAGACAGAUGCAGGAUAUCCACCGGGCAUCGGAGUCAAGAACUCUCUGAUCAUGCUUGGUGUCAUUAACUUUGUCGGUAUGCUCUUCACCUUCCUUGUCCCUGAACCCAAGGGAAAGUCCCUUGAAGAGCUCUCCGGUGAGGCUGAAGUUGAGAAGUGACCACGCCGUAAUAUUUUCAAUUGUAUGUGUUAUUUGUUUGUGUCAUUCUUCUUAUAUUUGUUUACUUUUUUGUGAUGUGUGACGUAAUAAUCAUAAUGGCACCCAUGCUUUUGUAUAAUUCGAUCAAUUCUCAAAGAAAUGAUAAGAAGUAAACAUUUGUAUAAAUUGAUUCUCUUUAGUUUGUUACUUAUAAAUCUGUUACUAGUUUCUUUAAUACCGCGUAGAUUAUAUCAUAAUUUAUAAGAAAGUGAAUAUUUACAACUUAUAAAUUAACCAAUCUAUACUAUUAUUUGCGAAGUAAAUUUUUGCAACGGAGCUCUCAU